GACUCAUAGGGUACGAGGUAGAGCGAGAGCGAGAGAGCAAUAAAGACUAGGUCAUUUCUAUCUUCCAACCUUCUGAUAGUGUUGGGGGAGGGAAUAGUGGCGGAGUUAGGUAAUGAUUUGUCAUCCUGGAAGCUUGGUGUCAUUGUCAACCCUACAGUGCUGGAGAACCUAGGUGUGAUUGACAGCAGGGUCGCUGGGGGCCUUGCCUGGGUCUGUUGACAGUAAUAAUGAGGAUUUGUCAAAGCCUAAUGGACAUGGAGAUGCCAGAUUACACUGAGUCCCUCGAUUCCUCGUACACCAUGUUGGAGUUUGAAAACCUGAGGGUGCUGCCCACAAACUCGUCAGAUGCCAUGGUUUCAGAGCCAGGCAAUGGCGGCUUGCUGGUGAAUGGGAUCAGCUCGUUGUGCGCCAUCUGUGGGGACCGUGCCACAGGAAAGCAUUAUGGGGCUUCCAGCUGUGACGGCUGCAAAGGGUUCUUCAGGAGGAGUGUCCGUAAGAAUCAUGUCUAUUCAUGCAGAUUUAGCAGACAGUGUGUAAUAGACAAGGACAAGAGGAACCAAUGUCGAUACUGCCGGCUGAAGAAAUGUUUCCGGGCAGGAAUGAAGAAGGAAGCUGUGCAGAACGAGCGUGACAGGAUCAGCAUCCGCCGAAGCAGUUAUGAAGACAAUGGGACCCUGUCAAUCACCAUCCUGACCCAAGCAGAGGCAAUGGCUCAGCAGGUGUGUGUCUGGUAUUCAGCUCUCCAUCCCGUGCACAGCGCUGAUAUUGCCAUGAAGAAGAUUGCAACAAUCAACGAUGUGUGUGAGUCAAUGAAACAGCAGCUCCUGGUCCUCGUUGAGUGGGCAAAAUACAUCCCAGCAUUCUGUGAGCUUCCCCUGGAUGACCAGGUUGCCUUGCUAAGAGCCCAUGCCGGUGAGCACUUACUGCUGGGAGUUGCAAAGCGGUCUAUACCAUACACCGAUUUUCUAUUAUUAGGAAAUGAUUUCAUCAUCCCAAUACAAUGCCCAGAGGUAGAAAUUGCCCGUGUAGCUAUCAGAAUUCUGGAUGAGCUGGUGAAGCCCUUGCGAGAAAUACAGAUUGACGACAACGAAUAUGCUUGCCUGAAAGCCAUUGUGUUCUUUGACCCAGAUUGCAAAGGCCUGAGUGAGCCCGGGAAGGUGAAAAACAUGCGUUUCCAGGUGCAGGUGAACUUGGAGGAUUACAUCAAUGACCGGCAGUAUGACUCACGAGGCCGAUUCAGCGACAUUCUCCUCCUCCUCCCUCCUCUCCAAAGCAUCACUUGGCAAAUGAUCGAGCAAGUCCAGUUCAUCAAGCUCUUUGGAAUGGCAAGGAUUGACAGCUUGCUGCAGGAAAUGCUUCUGGGAGGAACUACCAUGGAUGUACCCCAAUAUCAGUCGGGGCCUUCUAGCCUUAAUGUAGAACCUCUUCCAGGACAUAUCGUGCUCCCCAGCAGCAUUGGCACUGCAAUUCACACGGUUUCAGUCUGUAGGUGUCCAAUUUCCUAUUUCGCUUACUUAAAAUCUUUACAUUUUAAAGCAUCCCCUGAAACAUCCCUUCCUUCUCCUUCUACCAGUACAGGAAGUGAAGAUUACAAGCUUGGCCCAACCACCGGGUCUGAAGUGGUACCUGUGACCAUUUUGCCACAGGUGGUGGUACCCAAACAGGAGAUUCUAUAAAGUAUCAAACUGAAGGAAUCAAGAAUGUAACCUUUCAAGUCUUAAGUCCAACCAGCCUUGUUCCCACAGCAGCAACUGACCUUGUGGAGCCCUUUUCGGACACUGAAACAAAAUGGCAACUUUCGAGGAAGACCUUACUUGUCAACGAUUCCUCUUUCCUAUGGGUUCAUGUUGUUUUCUCAAUUAGAACUGGAAGACAGACGGGACAGGCAGUUCUUAAUGGAGCUACAAGAUUCCACCUUAACAGAGAUUAAGCAGAAGAUAUACAAAUAUAUCUUAUGUACUUUUUGGUGUGGAUGUUCAGAUUUCUGUGCCGUUGUUCAUGCAUUCCAAGCCGUGCUCAUGUAUGAGCAAGGCUUGGAAGACACAUCCAAAAAUUAGAAGCAAAAACUUGUGGACUUAACUGACCCCAUGGACCCAUUCAAGUACAUGAAAGGUUGUCACACAGAGGAGGUCCGGGAUCUCUUCUCGACCGUCCCAGAGUGCAGGACACAGAAUAAUGGGGUCAAGUUGCAGGAAACCAGACUUCGACUGGAUAUCAGGAAAAACCUUCUGUUAGAGCAAUACGACAAUGGAACCAAUUACCUAGAGAGGUAGUGGGCUCUCCGAUGCUGGAGGCAUUCAAGAGGCAGCUGGACAGCCAUCUGUCAGGAAUGCUUUGAUAUGGAUUCCUGCAUUGAGCAGGGGGUUGGCCUUGUAGGCCCUUUCCAACUCUACUAUUCUAUGAUUCUAUGAUCUUCUGCCCUCCUCUCCAUUGCAAAGCUCCACAAUGCUCCAGCAAAGAGAUGCUCCUCCAGGGAGCUUGGUGACAUUGCCUUUGAUGAGGCCCUAACAAUAGGUUGCAUGCUAAAGGGGGCAAGCAAGCAUCAAUGUGACAUCAGAUCCUGUUUCCUAGAUCCUGAUCAGCUCGUUUUGCUGCAAAACAUCCAGUACCCCUUGCUGGCAGCAUCCUCAGAAGAGACACAUUAUUUUUAGCAUAAUAGAUGUUCAGUGCCGUUUCUGGCUCUUCUUGGGUGCUAGCUCAGUAGAGGCUAGUCCAUUAGGGCAAAUGGGGCACUGCCCCACCAAACUCAAGCCUGCCCUCAGCCACCCCUCAUCCGUCUGCCUUUUCUUACAGCCAGUCCGAGGGGGGGGGGCACUGCCUGCCACCUUUCUCCUUCUCAAGUCCUGGUGUAGAACUCAGCAGGAAGAUGGAGGCAAAACUAGAAUUGGCUCUGCCUGUCAUGGUCUCUAGCUCCACCUAGUGUUGAUCUCCCAGCCUUCCACCCUACCAGUCCCAAUUGAUCCCAGGCCCCAACUGGCUGUACAUCAAAAAUUGGCAGUUUGUGGUUCAGUUUCUGUUACACUCCCAUCUGUUGUGUAGUUGUUGAAACAGAAUUCAAGACUGUCUGGGUUAUAAUCCAGAGCAGAGAUUUGUUCCGCACAGGGGUCCCUCCCACCGCCCACAAAAAGAUCAAUACACACCCAAUGUUAUUUCUUUUGAUUCAGUUUUCUAUCUCAUUAUAUAUAUUUUUUGUCUGAUCAGCAUACUUUUAGGACUUACUAAAGGUUGUGAGAUUAUACUAUUUUAAAAAGUCACUGGUAUUUGAAAACAGGAAAACAUGCUUAGUGUAAAUAAAGUCAUAAAAUGAGAUAAAA